UAACCGAACAAGAAAUGAUAAAAGUUAGAAUAUUUACUUAUUUAAGGAGUUUAUUUUAUGUUAUGUUUACAAAUAAUUUUUUCCUUUUUGCUGUUUAGAUCAAUUCUUUAAAGGAACAAGUAGAAACUUUCACUAAAACAGAAACAGAAUUACGUAAACAGCUUAAUGUUUACGUAGAUAAGUUUAAGCAAGUUGAGGAAACGUUAAAUAAGAGCAAUGAACUUUUUCUUACUUUCCGUAAAGAAAUGGAACAGGCGUUUUAAUACCGCAGAUGACCAAAAAGACAAAGAAACUUGAAAAAGAAAAUUCGUCGAUUAAAGGAAAAUGUGAUAUAAUGAACAAGAACAUUCUAGAGAUGGCCGAAGAGCGGGCAAGGGAUCAGAAAGCUAUAGAGGAUGCAAAAAAAAAGCAAGCAAAAUUAGUAAACUUAUGCAAAGCGUUACAAGCUGAAAGAACGGUUCUUAAGAAGAAAGUAGAAUCUUUUGAAUUGACACCUAUUCGACGUCCUAGCACACCUAUUUCUUCAACUUGUGAAGAAGAAGUUGAGGAAGGAUCAAGUGAUUAUGGUUCGACAGAAGAUACAGCACCCUGUAAAUGCACAGAACAUAACAAUGGGGAAGUUACUGAAAUACCAGCACAAUGUUUCUUUGAGAUAGAUCGAGAAUGUUUUGAAGUUGGGCAAAAAUUAGAUGCUUCUGGUGAAUCAGAUUUGGAAACUGAUAGAGUUAUUAUAGAAAGGGAUGAAUUAGUUGUCAAUUGAUACAUAUAGUUGAGCUUUCAAAGAAACUUUAUGGAGAUGAUGUUUAAAAUCUAUUUAUUAGUGACUGUGUCACUUUUUUUUUUUUUGAUAAAAAA